AUGUCUUUUGAGGGGCCACACAAGUUUGAUGCGUCGCAUUUCGUCGGCGCGUUCCAGAAGCCCGAGGGCAUACCCAUGCCGUCACGGAUGGACCAGAAUAUCGUGCCUCAACAGCCAGGAGGGAUCCCCCACCGGCUGAACGGCAUCGAAAAGCAGGAGCUCGAGCUCGCGAGAAGGCGCGCCGAGAAGGCUGCAGAAGGGAAAAGGGCGAACGCAGCAGCCGCUCGAGCCAGGAGGCGGGCCUCCAGGCCCAGGCUGGAAGAGCGCACAGGGGGUGAUGAUGAGGGUGAUGCUUCUCAAGGGGAAGAGGACGACCUGGAAGCCAAGCUGGCAGCCACAAAGGACGAGAAGGAGGCCAAGAGAUUACGAAGGCUGCUGCGCAACCGAGUGUCAGCACAGCAGGCGCGAGAGAGGAAGAAGAGCUACGUGAGCAAUCUGGAGGCACAGGCCAAGCAGUCAGACCAGCUGGUCGCAAAACUGCAGCAGGAGGUCAAGACACUGGAGCGCGAGAAUGUGAUGCUGCGUCAGGUCAUUCGCAACAUGCAGGGCGGUGGCGCCAAGGUGUCGGAUGCCAACUGA